GGCCUCGGGUCUGGCCUCAGCUGCCUCCCAACUCUCUAUGAUCGAGAACAAGUGUUGCUUUCCCGCUUUUCGCCUCACUUUAAUCGUCUAUUAAAAAGUGGGAGAGAAACUACCUUUAAAGAGUGGGGGUUGGACUAUCAUUUCAUUUUCUUCCUCUGUCCAAGGACUCUGCUCCACCUCUGGACAAAGUUGAUCCUCUGCCGAGAGGGUUAGACAUCCUAUGUGAGAAGGUGUGAGUGGUGUGUGUGUGUGUGUGUGUGUGUAUCCUGGGGCCUGGAAAGCCCAGUCUAAGGGAUGGACGAGGGGGCAGGAAACAGAGGAGAACCAGGCCAGACCGUUCUUCCCCUGGGGCCUCUCUAUACCCGAACCUGGAACCUGCUGUCAGUGUUCAGGCCUGGGCGGCUCUCUUUUGUCAUACUGAUUCUGGCUCAAGGUGUAACCUCCGCCUUCUCUAUCUGGCAAUUCCCUCCUCCCCUACCCCGCUCCGCGCGCGCCAACACACAUAUUGCUGUGGACACAACCCUUGCGCCCAGGCGUGAGGCUUAGGGAGUAGUGGCUCCUUUGUCUGCUCCCCUAAAGCGGACCUCCUACCCGCCUGGGCCGGCCCAUUCUUUAGCUCCUCGCACCGCUCCCCGCAUUCUCCAGGGCAGGACGUCCCAAGUUUUUGGCUGCAACUGAGUGCUCUCCUGCUAGUUUCUCCAUCUCUCUCCUUGCUUUAGGGAGAGAUCAGAGUGGGGAAAACAGCUUUCUUUUUCCACCAAGAGUGGAGAUUCUUUUUGGAGUUUCCCAUCCUCCCCUUCGCUGCCAUAAGCCUGGGUCAAAUGGGCUUCUUCCGCCUAUUUGGCGUCCCUCAUCGUUUCACUCCCAGAAACUUGGGGCCUAAACGUAGAGAGUCUAGCAGAAGGGGAUGCCUAGACUGAAUGUGGCAGUGCCCCGGGGCCGAGGGGAGAGGAUCUUUGCUUGGCCUUUUUAUCUAUUCUCUUAAGGGACUGCCUGCGGAGGAGGAGUUGGGUGUUGCGAGACUUUAGGUGUGCAUCCGGCUGCUCCCCGCGCCCUCCGAGCGUCCUCUGAACAAUUUUGCUACUGAGGUUUCCUCUCCCUCAUCCCUCAUCACGCCUGGCCCGCACCGUGGUUGGUAAAGAAGGAUCAAGAACACCUUUAAUCCGACGCGAAGGCUUUGAGGGAUACAUAGAAAGGGAGCCACGUCGUUGAGCUGCUCUGGAUUGAAGAGGAGGACGCGGGAACGCCUUCCUCCACCUCACUCCUCUGAAGUCCAUUGGAAUAUUAAGCCCAGGAGUUGCUUUGGGGAUGGCUGGAAGUGCAAUGUCUUCCAAGUUCUUCCUAAUGGCUUUGGCCAUAUUUUUCUCCUUCGCCCAGGUUGUAAUUGAAGCCAAUUCUUGGUGGUCGCUAGGUAUGAAUAACCCUGUUCAGAUGUCAGAAGUAUAUAUUAUAGGAGCACAGCCUCUCUGCAGCCAACUGGCAGGACUUUCUCAAGGACAGAAGAAACUGUGCCACUUGUAUCAGGACCACAUGCAGUACAUCGGAGAAGGCGCGAAGACAGGCAUCAAAGAAUGCCAGUAUCAAUUCCGACAUCGAAGGUGGAACUGCAGCACUGUGGAUAACACCUCUGUUUUUGGCAGGGUGAUGCAGAUAGGCAGCCGCGAGACGGCCUUCACAUACGCGGUGAGCGCAGCAGGGGUGGUGAACGCCAUGAGCCGGGCGUGCCGCGAGGGCGAGCUGUCCACCUGCGGCUGCAGCCGCGCCGCGCGCCCCAAGGACCUGCCGCGGGACUGGCUCUGGGGCGGCUGCGGCGACAACAUCGACUAUGGCUACCGCUUUGCCAAGGAGUUCGUGGACGCCCGCGAGCGGGAGCGCAUCCACGCCAAGGGCUCCUACGAGAGUGCUCGCAUCCUCAUGAACCUGCACAACAACGAGGCGGGCCGCAGGACGGUGUACAACCUGGCUGAUGUGGCCUGCAAGUGUCAUGGGGUGUCCGGCUCAUGUAGCCUGAAGACAUGCUGGCUGCAGCUGGCAGACUUCCGCAAGGUGGGUGAUGCCCUGAAGGAGAAGUACGACAGCGCGGCGGCCAUGCGGCUCAACAGCCGGGGCAAGUUGGUGCAGGUCAACAGCCGCUUCAACUCGCCCACCACACAAGACCUGGUCUACAUCGACCCCAGCCCUGACUACUGCGUGCGCAAUGAGAGCACCGGCUCGCUGGGCACGCAGGGCCGCCUGUGCAACAAGACGUCGGAGGGCAUGGAUGGCUGCGAGCUCAUGUGCUGCGGCCGUGGCUACGACCAGUUCAAGACCGUGCAGACGGAGCGCUGCCACUGCAAGUUCCACUGGUGCUGCUACGUCAAGUGCAAGAAGUGCACGGAGAUCGUGGACCAGUUUGUGUGCAAGUAGUGGGUGCCACCCAGCACUCAGCCCCGCUCCCAGGACCCGCUUAUUUAUAGAAAGUACAGUGAUUCUGGUUUUUGGUUUUUAGAAAUAUUUUUUAUUUUUCCCCAAGAAUUGCAACCGGAACCAUUUUUUUUCCUGUUACCAUCUAAGAACUCUGGUUUAUUAUUAAUAUUAUAAUUAUUAUUUGGCAAUAAUGGGGGUGGGAACCAAGAAAAAUAUUUAUUUUGUGGAUCUUUGAAAAGGUAAUACAAGACUUCUUUUGAUAGUAUAGAAUGAAGGGGAAAUAACACAUACCCUAACUUAGCUGUGUGGACAUGGUACACAUCCAGAAGGUAAAGAAAUACGUUUUCUUUUUCUCAAAUAUGCCAUCAUAUGGGAUGGGUAGGUUCCAGUUGAAAGAGGGUGGUAGAAAUCUAUUCACAAUUCAGCUUCUAUGACCAAAAUGAGUUGUAAAUUCUCUGGUGCAAGAUAAAAGGUCUUGGGAAAACAAAACAAAACAAAACAAACCUCCCUUCCCCAGCAGGGCUGCUAGCUUGCUUUCUGCAUUUUCAAAAUGAUAAUUUACAAUGGAAGGACAAGAAUGUCAUAUUCUCAAGGAAAAAAGGUAUAUCACAUGUCUCAUUCUCCUCAAAUAUUCCAUUUGCAGACAGACCGUCAUAUUCUAAUAGCUCAUGAAAUUUGGGCAGCAGGGAGGAAAGUCCCCAGAAAUUAAAAAAUUUAAAACUCCUAUGUCAAGAUGUUGAUUUGAAGCUGUUAUAAGAAUUAGGAUUCCAGAUUGUAAAAAGAUCCCCAAAUGAUUCUGGACACUAGAUUUUUUUGUUUGGGGAGGUUGGCUUGAACAUAAAUGAAAAUAUCCUGUUAUUUUCUUAGGGAUACUUGGUUAGUAAAUUAUAAUAAUAAAAAUAAUACAUGAAUCCCAUUCACAGGUUCUCAGCCCAAGCAACAAGGUAAUUGCGUGCCAUUCAGCACUGCACCAGAGCAGACAACCUAUUUGAGGAAAAACAGUGAAAUCCACCUUCCUCUUCACACUGAGCCCUCUCUGAUUCCUCCGUGUUGUGAUGUGAUGCUGGCCACGUUUCCAAACGGCAGCUCCACUGGGUCCCCUUUGGUUGUAGGACAGGAAAUGAAACAUUAGGAGCUCUGCUUGGAAAACAGUUCACUACUUAGGGAUUUUUGUUUCCUAAAACUUUUAUUUUGAGGAGCAGUAGUUUUCUAUGUUUUAAUGACAGAACUUGGCUAAUGGAAUUCACAGAGGUGUUGCAGCGUAUCACUGUUAUGAUCCUGUGUUUAGAUUAUCCACUCAUGCUUCUCCUAUUGUACUGCAGGUGUACCUUAAAACUGUUCCCAGUGUACUUGAACAGUUGCAUUUAUAAGGGGGGAAAUGUGGUUUAAUGGUGCCUAAUAUCUCAAAGUCUUUUGUACAUAACAUAUAUAUAUAUACAUAUAUAUAAAUAUAAAUAUAAAUAUAUCUCAUUGCAGCCAGUGAUUUAGAUUUACAGUUUACUCUGGGGUUAUUUCUCUGUCUAGAGCAUUGUUGUCCUUCACUGCAGUCCAGUUGGGAUUAUUCCAAAAGUUUUUUGAGUCUUGAGCUUGGGCUGUGGCCCUGCUGUGAUCAUACCUUGAGCACGACGAAGCAACCUUGUUUCUGAGGAAGCUUGAGUUCUGACUCACUGAAAUGCGUGUUGGGUUGAAGAUAUCUUUUUUCUUUUCUGCCUCACCCCUUUGUCUCCAACCUCCAUUUCUGUUCACUUUGUGGAGAGGGCAUUACUUGUUCGUUAUAGACAUGGACGUUAAGAGAUAUUCAAAACUCAGAAGCUUCAGCAAUGUUUCUCUUUUCUUAGUUCAUUCUGCAGAAUGGAAACCCAUGCCUAUUAGAAAUGACAGUACUUAUUAAUUGAGUCCCUAAGGAAUAUUCAGCCCACUACAUAGAUAGCUUUUUUU